AUGCCGAGCGAAUGCUCCACAAACGCUAGUUUGGACACAACAUCGGGACAUACUCUGAAGUGGAUGGAAUUACUUUUGUCGAUUAGCAACAAGGAGAAGAUUCGACUGUGCCAUUACACCAUGUGCGAGAACCGGGUACACCAUCCGCUAUACUUGCCGUGCAAACACGCCUUUCCGGACUUUUACUCCGAGAUCGAGUUGGACCGGGCGUAUUCCCAAACGCUGUCAUCAACAAGCAAGGCGGUGUUAUCUUUCCUACUUGUGGCUGUCAUGAUCCUGUCAGUGUCCGGAAACUCUCUCGUCGUGCUUACUUUCAUCUAUAAUAAGCACAUGCGCUCCGUAACGAACGUGUUCAUCCUGUCGCUUGCCAUCAGUGACCUCAUGGUAACUUUCACGUGCAUCCCCGUCAAUAUGGGCACCGUUCUCCGGGUCGUCUGGGUAUUUGGGGACUUCGGUUGCAAGAUGAUGCCUUGCGUCACCCAGUUUUCAGUAACCUGUAGCUCUCUAACGCUAUGUUGCAUUGCGUUUGACCGUUAUUACGCCAUCGUGCAUCCGCUAAAAUUAAAACUGUGGCAGACGACAAAGCGCGCCACUAUUUUGCAGGUUUUCGUUUGGGUGACUUCCGCCGCUACAAGCAUACCGUACAUUUUCUUUUACGAGACGGACGACAUAUCCGCCUGUCAUGAGUUCGGGGAAGAAAGCAAAGUUGUUUGUAAAGCUGCGGACCUCAAAAUGUUCAGAAAGGUUAUGGACACUUGGGUGACCCUGCCCGUACUAUUUUUCGGCCCUUUCCUGUUCAUGUCAGUAAUUUACACCAUAAUCUGCUACCAAUUAUGGAUGCAAAGACCGAUCGGAGCCUCUCGAAAAACAUUCGACGGAAGAUUAAAACUGAAGCAAAAAGUGAUAAAAAUGUUGAUAAUGGUUGUGUUAAUAUUUGUCGUCUGCGAGAGUCCCCUUCUGCUCUUCAAUGCCGCCUCUGAGACAAACCAUCUGCAACUUACACAGGCGAACAUCACUCUUCGAGCAUUUCUGCAAUGUUUGGCCCUUAGUAGCACUUGUUGGAACCCGCUUGUGUACGCCUUCAUGAACGAGAAGUUCCGAGUCGCCUUCCGGACCCUGGUCACUUGCAAAAAGGGCAAGGUCUAUCCAGUGAUGCUCGUGCGCAAUAACGCAAUGCGCAUGUCCACGGAAAGCCGGAAAACUACGUCACAACUGGAAGCCACGCUACCAGUCGGUACCCAACAGACAUCAGAAACAAAGGUCUAA